AUGAGCUCAGAUCAGACACCUCAAAAUCGAAAUAGAGGUGGCGAUGAUUCAUAUAAUCCACGACUACAGCAACAGACGUCACAAAUACCUUCUACUGGCCCAGAUCAGGGACAACAACGAGAGCGAAGCCAGGAACAAGAACUGGAUCACGAGCACCAACAGGCGCAGCAGCAUCUACAUCAGUUUCAACAAUCAAACUUGACACCUUCAACAACGGCAUUUCCAAGUUCAACUUCGAUACCCACUUUUUCAAAGCAGGAUCAGGGAUACCAUAACCAAUUCAGUUCUCCACAGAGUAGUUAUCGAAAGAUAGGGAAUUUUGCUCAAUCAUCAAAUGCACCAUUUCUUAACGAACCACAUCCAAUUUAUGCCACUAAUUAUCAACAAAAUGUACCUCUGCAGUCACAAUUCCAAUUUGAUUACUCAAGUCCUUAUAUCGGACAAUCACAGUCACAAUCACAGUCACAAUCACAGGCACAGCCUCAACCGCAUCCACAGCCACAAACUUAUCAACAACUACCUCAUUAUUCACAGGCAUCUGUAUCCCUGCUACCCCCUACCUAUCAAGCUUUCCAUUCAAUGCAUGAAGCAUCAUCAGCAGAUAAUGAUUCUGCCACCAAUAUUACCACUCCUCAGAAAAGGAAGAAACAAAAACGACUGGAAUCUGUAACACCAAACACAGGCGAAAACGAAUUGAAACAAUUAGCGCUACGAUCGUCCAAUAUACCACUUUCAGAGUUGGCACAGAAGGUAAAACAAUUAGAAAAUGAUAGUACUACUACCAGUGUCAGUUUGGAACAAUCAAAAAUGAAAGAAAAUAAAGAAACUCAACGACAGUUGUUUGGAAUGGUGUGGUUAUUAAAUUCAUGUGACCUAGCUCCAACCGCUGUUAUCCCCAGAAAUAGAAUAUAUGCCAGAUAUGUGCAAGUGUGUGCUGACAACAAUUUAGCACCAGUUUCACCUGCCAGUUUUGGUAAGCUAGUAAAGAUAUUAUAUCCAAACAUUACAACAAGAAGAUUAGGUAUGCGAGGACAAUCCAAAUAUCAUUAUUGUGGUAUUAAACUCACAGGUGAUGAAAAUAUGCAACUGCAAUUGUUGAACUAUCAACAGAAACAGAAACACCAAAGUCAAGAACAGUAUAAUCAACAAGCACAAGUAGGAUCAAGCACAUCACUGGCUGGACUUGCUGGUCAUCAAUCACCCAUGUCGUCAUGUAACUCAUCAGUUUCGUACGAGGAAUCACCAGGACCUAUAAUAUCGAGGGCACACACACCGUCAUUUUCUCCAAUAAAUACACCAACAAUAUCAAUGUCAAAAUCUUUGAAUGACCAACUUCCACUGAUUCUGCACAUGAAGUUUAUCCCUAAUUUAUUCUACUUGUUAAACAGUAAUGUGGCUACGAGUUCCAAUCCCCAUGAACCAAUACAAUUGCCUUCGAUAUAUCCCUAUUUAUCAAAAGAUGCCGAUCAUGAUAUUGCUGACACAUUGUAUUCAUUAUACAAAGUCCAUGUUAAUUCAAUUUUUGAGGCACUUCGAUAUAUGCAAUUGAAAAAGUUAUUUUCCAGCUUUAGUACAUUUAAUAAUAUUUUAACUGCACCAGUCUUGAAACUUUACACAACAGAGUCUUUAGCGGAAUGGGUUAUGAAGUGUGAUUUGAUCAUGUAUAAGAAAAUGAUCCGAAUGUUGAGUAAGCUACAGUUGCAACUCUUGAUACCACAGGAACAGUUAUUACAAUUAAAACAAAUUGCUGAUGGAUAUAUUAAAACUUUAUCCACUUCUUUAAUCAAUUCUAAAGUAUCCCAAAAUUUUGUUAUGAUGAAAUUGAAAUUGGCCAAACAUUUUGUCAAUUUGUUAAAUAGAUUAAUUAAAGUUAUCGAGACAGGACAACCAGCAUCCAGAAUAUUGAAUGACGACAACGAAAAAAAUACCAUGACCCAAGACUGGAUGAAAUUGGAUAUUCAUGGAAUAAUUUGCCGUGAAAUGCCCUGUAAUGAUAAUAAUAUUGACACGUUGACCUAUAUUUUAACAGGUGAGGUUGUUAAUUUGAUAAAAGUAAAACUGGACAAUGAACAAGCCCCAACAAUGAGUGAUUUUGCCAAUUAUAUCUCCAAUUUACCUUCAAGAUUCCCUGAAGUGAACACAAGACUAUUUUUGUUGUUGGCAUCUAACUUGUUGACCACUUGUUUAAGGGAAAUCAGUUUGCUGGGUGGAGAAGGAUUUGGGGCUUGGUGGAUUGUUAGAUGCUGGAUAGAUGAAUAUUUGGCGUGGUCUUUUGAAGUUGGUGGAUUUUUCCAAGACGAUUUACAAGAAAUUGUUGCUCAACAACAAUUGAAUGUUCAAUUACCACCACCAUCAUUAUCAUCAUUACCGCAAACUCAACAACAGAAUCCAGUUAUACAAGAAGAGACUGGUACACAGGAAGAGUCAUUGGGCAACAUUGACUUGUUAGAGACAUCAUUUGAUUUUGACGCCAAGACAUCUCAACCAUAUCAACAACCAAGCCAUACUGAAUCUCUCUUGAAUUUUGAAACAAAUAUUGAUAAUUUAUUAAAUUGA